CACUCCAAGUCUUGUUGGCAAGGCUGGAUGGAGGAAGCGCCCAUUCCAGGAGCUGCUGCCUCUGCCAGCUGAAGCCACCAGGCCUGGAGUACCCUAAAGACCAACUAAGCUGAGGCAUAGGGUCAGCAUGACUGCCUUCUAUCAACAUGCUCCUGCUUAGAGACGCGCCUCGGGUAGCACCUCAACAGUGCCUGCCAAUCGCACCCCCAACACCACCGCCCAGGUCCCGCGACCUCAGGAGGCAUCCAAUAGCUAGAUCCACCCUGGCCCCCUGGGUUCUGGCAACUGGGAAGAACGUAAAGCUUUGUGGAGAGAACGCACUUGGAGGCCCAAGACUUGGGCAUCUGCACAGUUACCAGAGGUCUCCAGAUCCCUAACAAAAUACGUGAUUCUGGUCGCCGAGGCUAAAGGUUCGAGAGUCCCUGCUCAGGCAACAGCUUUGGUGCCUCGUUUGAAAAUUCAAAGAAGGAAAGAAGAAGGAGCAGGGAAACUGCAGCCCCUCAUUGAGGAAGCACAGGAACGGAGGUCGGGAAUGGUUUAAAGCAGCACCUUCUGGCAAGUCUUUCUUGAGUUCUCUGUAUGGUGGGAAUCAUGGGUCUAGAAAAGGCAAGAAGAGAAACAAAGCGGAGUACGAGAGCCCCAAAACCUUCCCAAGGCGCUGCCUUUGCGUUUAAGAGCCUUUGGGGAAAGGAAAACAGCAAGGAUUGUUUCAUUCCUCUAUUAGAAAGCACAAACGAAACUACUUCUUUCUGGGAUGGGAAAUUGCCAAUAUUGUGUACCUAGACACCUCCUGACGGCAAGGACUCCUCUUGGGAAGGGGAGAGGUCAGUAGUUUGAGUAACCCCGAAAAGACAGGAGUGCCUUUUCUUCUGGGAUUUGAAAAAUCUGGUUUGCUUACCCAGCCGCCCCACUUCAGAACCCCGCCUAAGCACAGGUGUCCUCAAGCCACGCAUAAGCAGCAGACCAAGAUCAUCAAGUAACCAGAUCCCUUCCCCCAUCAACCAUAAAUCCUGUGGGCUGUGCCAGCUCUCCCCCACUCCCUUUCAAGAAGUUUCUGUUCGUUUUAUUUAUUUAAUUUUUUCCCAGCCUGAGGUCCUCAGUGAUAGACUCCAGCAUGGAUUUUAAUUGCUUCAAUCAGCAGUCUUUCUCCUCAGCCGUCAGUCAAAACCUGGACGGUGGGUCUAGGGACCCAGCGCGUGACGGCACAGGAACCAUACGACUCCCCAGGCUGGCUCAGCUCAGCAGGCAGACAUUAGGCUCUGCUGAGGAGAUGAAAUGAGUCGGUCCGCGUGGAAGCUGUCCACCUUCCACCCUCCUUGGUUCCUUUCUCAUGCUCUGGAGCUCUGCCUGAUUGAGGCCAGGUGGCCUGGGUUCUUGAGGUCACAGCAACCUCAGCACGGGUUUGGAGGAAGGCGGGCGUGAGAACCACUUUUGCUCGGCCUCAGCCAGAGACAGCCCUCAAACAAUGAGCUAAUCGAUGCAUACAUGAAAUCCCCCUCGGCCACCCUUCCAAUCUUGCCAAGGUCUCCCUGAUCCCUGGGGUCACCGAGGCUAGCUUGCAGCGGGCUGAAGUAGCACCCUGGACAGCGCAUCCCCGCCGUAGCUGACCCGGAGCGCCUGAGGCUGGGUGAGCGCUGCGCAGGCACGCCUCCCUCCCCCGCGUCUGGCUCGCGCUUGAACUCACAGUCUCGAGCCUCACGACCCAGCUCCUCCAUUCCCUUCCGUUACUCCUUCAUUUCCCCAUCAAGCUCCCUCUCCCUAAAAACUCUCUCGGGCCCUUUCCACUUUCCAAUCUCCAGACUGCAAGGAUCACAGCUACUUCCCCAUUUAACCUCGGCGCAGAGCUCGGCGGCACGACCCUACGCCCUAACUUGAACAAACACGCACGCAGGAGCACUGGCGUACGCAGACCGCACGUUUCCAAUCCCUGUGUGACACUCACUUUCAUCGCGAGGCUCCAGCCCUCGCGCGGUGCCCUCCUCCCGCCACACACACUCGCACACACACGCACGCGCGUGCAGGGUCGAGCCGAAGGCAGCUUGCCCGCAGCCACUCGGAGGCGACCGGAGCCAGUCUAGUAGAGCCCAUGGCUUCUCCCGGCUCCGGCUUUUGGUCCUUCGGAUCUGAAGAUGGCUCUGGGGACCCCGAGAACCCGGGCACAGCGAGAGCCUGGUGCCAGGUGGCCCAAAAGUUCACGGGCGGCAUCGGAAACAAGCUGUGCGCUCUGCUCUACGGAGACUCUGAGAAGCCAGCAGAGAGCAGCGGGAGUGUGACCUCGCGGACCGCCACCCAGAAGGUCGCCUGCGCCUGCGACCAAAAACCCUGCAGCUGCCCCAAAGGGGAUGUCAACUACGCGUUUCUGCAUGCAACAGACCUGCUGCCAGCGUGCGAAGGAGAAAGGCCCACUCUGGCGUUUCUGCAAGAUGUUAUGAAUAUUUUGCUUCAGUAUGUGGUGAAAAGUUUCGAUAGAUCAACUAAAGUGAUCGAUUUCCAUUAUCCCAAUGAGCUUCUUCAAGAAUAUAAUUGGGAAUUAGCAGACCAACCGCAAAAUCUGGAGGAAAUUUUGAAGCAUUGCCAAACAACUCUGAAAUAUGCAAUUAAAACAGGGCAUCCCCGAUAUUUUAACCAGCUGUCUACCGGAUUGGAUAUGGUUGGAUUAGCAGCAGAUUGGUUGACGUCAACAGCAAACACUAACAUGUUCACCUAUGAGAUUGCCCCUGUAUUUGUGCUGCUCGAAUAUGUUACACUAAAGAAAAUGAGAGAAAUCAUUGGCUGGCCAGAGGGCUCUGGCGAUGGAAUCUUUUCUCCUGGUGGCGCCAUCUCCAACAUGUAUGCCAUGCUCAUUGCCCGCUAUAAGAUGUUUCCAGAAGUCAAGGAGAAGGGGAUGGCGGCCGUGCCCAGACUCAUCGCAUUCACAUCGGAGCAUAGUCACUUUUCUCUCAAGAAGGGAGCUGCAGCCUUAGGGAUUGGAACAGACAGCGUGAUUCUGAUUAAAUGUGACGAGAGAGGGAAAAUGAUUCCAUCUGAUCUUGAAAGAAGAAUCCUUGAAGUCAAACAGAAAGGAUUUGUUCCUUUCCUGGUGAGCGCCACAGCUGGGACCACUGUGUAUGGGGCCUUUGAUCCUCUCUUGGCUGUAGCUGACAUCUGCAAAAAGUAUAAGAUCUGGAUGCACGUGGAUGCUGCCUGGGGUGGAGGGUUACUGAUGUCCCGGAAACACAAGUGGAAGCUGAGCGGUGUAGAGAGGGCCAACUCUGUGACAUGGAAUCCUCACAAGAUGAUGGGUGUCCCCUUGCAGUGUUCGGCUCUCCUGGUUAGAGAGGAGGGACUGAUGCAGAGCUGCAACCAGAUGCAUGCUUCCUACCUCUUUCAGCAAGAUAAGCACUAUGACCUGUCCUAUGACACAGGAGACAAGGCCUUGCAGUGUGGACGCCACGUCGAUGUCUUUAAAUUAUGGCUCAUGUGGAGAGCAAAGGGGACUACUGGGUUUGAAGCACAUAUUGAUAAGUGUUUGGAGCUGGCAGAGUAUUUAUACAAUAUCAUAAAAAACCGAGAGGGAUAUGAAAUGGUGUAUGAUGGAAAGCCUCAACACACAAAUGUCUGCUUCUGGUUUAUACCUCCUAGUUUGCGUGUUCUGGAAGACAAUGAAGAGAGAAUGAGCCGCCUCUCAAAGGUGGCGCCAGUGAUUAAAGCCAGAAUGAUGGAGUAUGGGACCACAAUGGUCAGCUACCAACCCUUAGGAGACAAGGUCAACUUCUUCCGCAUGGUCAUCUCAAACCCUGCGGCAACUCACCAAGACAUUGACUUCCUCAUUGAAGAAAUCGAACGCCUGGGACAAGAUUUGUAAUCACCUCGCUCAUCAAAUUGUUUCAGUUCUCUAGGUAGACAGCAAAGUUGUCACAAUCUGUGUAAAUGUAUUUGUAGUUUGUUCCAGAGUAAUUCUAUUUCUAUAUCGUGGUGUCACAGUAGAGUACAGUUUAAAAAAAAUCAAAACCAACAGGAAACAUCGCUCCUUUUAAAAAUCCUUUCUUAAGUUUAGAAUACCUCUCUAUUAGUGACAAAGGCUAUGUUCUAAUCAGUAUGAAAAAUUAUAAAUUGUUAUAAAUACUUCCCUUUUAAUAUAGUAUGCUAACCCAACCUUAUUUUCACUUGAGAGCAGCAGUACUGAAUAGUGCCAAAUCACCCUUGAAUCAUAAAAGGUUCUCUGGGGUGCAGUGAAAAGGACAAAGUAAAUAUACACAAUAUAUGUGAACAAGAAAAACUCUUACCUUUUUCAUAGUAUUAGGAAAAGACUUUCUAAUUUACCUAGAGCAACAUUUCAAAUGUAUUUAAAUACAUAUAAUUUUACAAAAAGAAAAAUAUAUAUUAAAAGAACUCCUAUUUUAUAACAUAUAGAUUUUAUUUUAUAUGUGUUAUACAAACAGCAGGCACAGAUAUGAAACCUAAGCCAGAUUUAUUUCUUAAUUUCUUUCUCUAUAUAUUUCUUUUCAUGGAGGCACAAUAAAACACCUUAGCAAGACAAUUUUAACAUAAAACCCACAAAAUUAUUUUAAAAUGUAAUAACUUAUUUUAGUAUAUAUUGUGGCUUAUCAUAUCCCUAAAGAUAGUAUUUCAAAACAAACACACACAAAAAAUGAAACUUCUAAAAACAACAGAUGAGAUCAACAAUUAAGAUUCUCUUCCUGUUUAGGUAUUACACUAGUUGGCCCUAGCAGACCCAGUCUAUAACCCUGGCAAGCCCAGCUUGGACCCAGAUCCAAGCAAGUAUAUCCACUCUGCUUUCCGUGUAGUCUGCUUUCAACCAAAGGUUGGUAUUAGUUCUUGAAGUGUCUUUUCAAACCAUAUUCUUUUACUAGAUCAUCUGGAUUAAUUAGAAAAAAGACUAAAAAUAAAACAUCAACCCUAACAGAGAGGGGUGCAGCACACUCCUUAAGUGUGAUAAGCUCAGAAUAGUAAAACCAGCCAUGGGAGAUGAGACCUCUGUGUGACAACAAUGGCUUCCUCCCAAAUGCCAGUUUGUUACUGUCUGGGGAAAGGGUAGUUUGCAUCCCAGAUGCUCUCUUCUUCAAAUUCCUUCUCCAUCCCACACUUUAAAGUCUCCCUUGCUAGACUCCCUACCCCCAAACCCCCAAUAAUGAAUUACUAUCCCACGUGGCUCUUUUCCUUUUCUGAAAUAAGUUCCUCAUGCAAGCAGCUUCAAGGUAGCCUAAGAACUUCUUUUAUUUGCCUCCUAUCAAGACCCACAGUGACUAGAAUGUACAGAGAUCGCUAAAAUUCAAAUUAAUACUUUGAAAAUAAGUUUCUUUCCCUGUAAACUGGAUGGAGAGCUAUCCACAGCUCUCAUGAUAACUUUAAGUCACAGAUGAACAGAUCUAAGUGCUGGUAGAACUAUGGCUUUUUACAUGCAAAAGGCAAGAGCGGAUCUGAAAGCAUUCUCCCACUCCAUAUGGAUGGGCAUUUCAAUACACAGAAAGAUACAAGAACAAAAGAAAGAAGGCCCUGUCCCUAUCUACCACAAAUCUUCAUGACUUUGCCCCAGACCUUAUUUGCCUAGACAUACUGAUCAUCAGUAUGAGUGUAGCUUCAGGCCUUUGCUGUCUAGACAGCCAAUGGAUGUCCUGAAGCAUGAUAAAGAAAACUCCCUAUGCGCCAGUCUCAUGAAGCCCUCCACUUGCAGUACUUCCUAAUGGGCAAGCAUGACUUUCCUUUCUAGAACCUGGCUGCCAAGAGAGUAAACGUGCAGUUGUCCAUCCAUGUUGAGCCUCAGGCCCACAGAUCUCACUUCCCAGCCAGAGACUCACUUAUCAAACCUACUGUCCUACUGAGAGAAGGCAGUAGGACCUAGUGUUCUGAUAGAUGGAAAGCUUAGCCCUUGGGGGGAAGACUUCAUAGCUCAAGCUGGCUUCUAGUUUGAUGAGAUGACAGAAUUGAAAAAGGACUUGUGUCCAUGUACUUUUUGCUAGUGAAUUGGAUCUCCAGAUUCUUCCUCAAAAUUUUUAGGAGCCUUGCUCAGGCAUGGAAAUCUCUUCAUACUGUAUCCUAGAAAGGAGGUACAUGCAUACCUAAUAGGUCCCAGUGCUUUAACAGAUCCUCUACUCAGAGUGCGUAGGAGGAUCGGAAGAAAGAGUCAUAAUGGAGGGAGAUUAUUGGCCCAAAUCCCCAGUGCCAAAGGUCUCUAUCUGUGAUCUUUUUUUUUCUUUUUUUCAUUUUAAAACAUUGGUUUCAGCUUUAAUCAGAGUUAAUAUGGCCAUUUUUAUUUAUACAGCAAUAUUUCAUUUAUUAUUUAAAAUACUUGAAAAGUGCAGUAUGUGUUUAUCUAAGACUUCUAAGUGGUAUUGACUUCAUGUACUGUCACAGUAUUUGAGGAAAGAAAACCGUGUGUGUGUGUGUGUGUGUGUGUGUGUGUGUGUGUGUGUGUGUGUGUUGCUGUUAGUACAUGGUGAGUACUGUCUUGUCACCUCAGAUUGAGGUUGUGCACUUUAUUAAUUGUGUGGUGUUGCAAAUCAACAUGUGUUGCUGUAAAAGCUUGCACAGUGUAUUAUCAGCGUGUCUUCCUCUAUGUGGUAGCUGUAUUGAACUUUGAGAUUACGAAAACUGCAUUUGCAUCCAUUCCUGUCCUUGCCUCUCUUCUCCCUUACCCUCUCACGUGGUCCCAAGCUGUGUGCCCUCUCCAUCAGCUCUUAAAGAGAACAUAACUUCAUCUAAGUCCACCCUAAGAAAUCUCUUUAACAACUGUGUGAUCAAAUACAAAAUGCUUCAUCUCUGAGGCCAGAGAAACCAAUUAUGGAGUGUCAUAGACUGCUGCCAGGACAGGUGUUGACUCUAUGGGGUCUUGGAGAAGGUGCUGCUCCUCAGAACAUGGACAAAGGAUGCACAGGUGUAAAUAUAGUAACAGGACAAAGAAGCAAAAACAUAAAACCAGGUAUCAUCUUGCACGUGCUUUUCUGUUUUCAAGUGCUAAAUGCAAACACUGUGUAUGAAUUAGUUGUGUGUGCAAAGAUCUUGUUGCCAAAUAGUGUUUCUGAAUAAUGUCAACAUUUCCCAAGCUACAUUAACUAAAGACAGAAAAAAAAAAUACAAAUGUGGCAACCUGUUCUUCCUACCAAAUAUAAACUUGUGUAUGGUCAAAGUAUUUUACCUGUGUUUUCUCUCUAAAUCCAAAUAAAUGAGUAAAUGUAGACAUA